AUGGCGACUCAAUACAGCCGAGUAUUAGAGCUGGCAAAGGUCCAGUGCCGGAUAUUCUCACUAAACUUCAACCCGGAGAAGCUACGCCUGGGAAACAAGAUUCUACGUCAAAGACUACGCGGUCCGAGCCUUUCGGCAUGGUAUCCCAAGAAAACGGUCUCUUUCCGAGAUUUGCAAGCCACGUACAAGCCCUUGGGCUUAACAAUGUUUGAUGAAGGGGAAGAUGAUCGGGAAGAAGCCAUCCAGAUUGCCAAGUUGCGAGGGAAAGGCAGACCAAAGAAAAAGAGAACCGCCGCAGAAUCGCGGUCCGCCAAGAAGAAGAAAUAGACCACCAUUAGCACAUAUUGCAGACUUCACGUCUAGGUCAAUGGAAUUGAGACUUCUUGUUUACUUCCUGUCGUGGUAUAGGCGUGGCAUCGUUCCUAGUAUGGUUUAGUGUAAAUGAUUGCAUAUAUGCUAGAUCACUGAACAAAACAUUUGAAAAGGCCCAGAUCAGAAACAUAGGGCCUUUGAGGGUCUAUGUAGU